AUUAAAAGUUUAACAGCGUUGAAGCUUCUGGCUGCGUGGGUCCGUCGUCUCUGAGCAAUGUAUUUGAUAGCAUUAGCUCUGUUGUACUGCCCCCUGGUGUGUUUGUCACUGGGAGAUGUUGAUGCGGAGGAUCUGGCGGGCGUACUUCCACCUAGCCCUUGGCCAGAGGCAAGCUAUGCUGAACAGGAGGAUCCUUUUGUGGGCGUAAAUGCGCCGCGUGGCUUUCCCCAAGCGGAGCAACAACAUCAGGCCGCAUUGCGUACAGUAAGCAAGGAUUGGCGCACGGAACCAGCACGGAGACACCAUCAUAACAACAAGAAUGAUAAUAGUGACGAGCAUUUGGGCAUAGCCUUCAAUAGCGAUGGCAUAACCGCUGAGCUAGAGGAUGAGCACGAAGAGCAGGGCGGCGGGUACAAUACGGUUUCCGAUUAUCCACCGCAUCAGUCGGUGCAUGAGGAUGGCAAGGAUGUGGGCGACAGUUUCUAUGGCCAGGUGUAUACCAUGGAGCCGAUUGUGAUUUCCAAGCCAAGUAGCAGCGGUGGUGCAAGCACUGGAGACACACCCAAAUUCCGUAAUGCAGCCCAGGGAGGCGCUACCCGUGGCGAUCUUUAUGGCGUGCGUGAGUCCGAUCGCCAGAAUUCACGGGGACGUGACGGCUUUGUGGGUGCAGCGAACAACAAACAGAAAAGCUUUCGCCCAUUUGUCAAUCGUGGCGUGGUGCAGGACGAUCCCGGCCAACUGGGGCUUCCCGGUGAGGGCUUCAGUGCACCAGCGGCCACCGGCUGCCACAACAUCUGCGAUGAGCUGCAGUGGCAGUGCAGCAACUGCCAGUGCAUAGAUCUGCAUGCUCGCUGCAAUCGGGAGGUGCAAUGCACGGACGGAUCCGAUGAAUACGACUGCGAUAAUAUGGGUGACAUGAUGACGAAGCUGCAGAAGGAGUGCGAGCAGACGGGUCUGCAUGUGAUGUGCCCCAAGACCUAUCGUUGCAUCAACAAGGAUUGGCUCUGCGAUGGUGACGACGAUUGCGGUGACUAUUCGGAUGAGACCCACUGUGGUGCUCGCACCAACUGCACAGAAGACCAAUUCGAAUGCCAGAACGGUUUCUGCAUUCAGCGGGCCUGGGUCUGCGAUGGUGAGAACGAUUGCAAGGACUAUUCCGAUGAGGCGCACUGCAAUCGAACCAGUUGCACUUCCGAGCAUUUCACCUGCAACGAUGGUUACUGCAUCUCUGUGGCCUUUCGCUGUGAUGGCGAGCACGAUUGCGAUGACAAUUCAGACGAGUACAAGUGUCCGGCCGUAAUUAACAGCUGUCCUGAGGGCGAGUUCAAGUGUCGUGGCGGCCUGGGCGGUGCCGGUGGACCGAGCGGUCAGUGCAUACUGAAUCGUUUUCGCUGCGAUGGCGACAACGACUGCGGGGACUGGAGUGACGAGGAGAAUUGUCCGCAGAAACCCUCGCAGUGCACCUCCAGUGAAUACAAAUGUGCGGACGGUACUUGUAUUCCCAAGCGCUGGAAGUGCGACAAAGAGCAGGACUGCGACGGUGGAGAGGAUGAGAACGACUGCGGCAAUAUGGGCAGCAAUCAUCCGAUAACCUGUGGCACCGAUGAGUUCACGUGCCACAAUGGACGCUGCAUUUUGCGCACUUGGCUCUGUGAUGGUUACCCGGACUGCUCAUCGGCUGAGGAUGAGGUCGACUGUCAUCUACAGUGCGAUGCCGGGCAGUUUCUCUGCCCAGCCAAGAAAAACAUUACCAAUUUAAAAAUCUGCGUCCAUCAAAAGCACGUCUGUGACGGUCAAAACGACUGUCCUUUGGGUGAGGAUGAGGUUAACUGUCCAACUGAGCAGAUAUGUCCCGAGCCAAGGCAAUGCGAACAGCUGUGCAUAAAGACGGCGCGCGGACGCGAUGAAUGUGCCUGCAGACUGGGGUAUUUGAUGCACGAGAACAGGCGCAACUGCACGGAUAUCGACGAAUGCCAAUACUUAACCAGCCCCGUCUGCUCGCAAAAGUGCAUGAACACAAUGGGAUCCUUCCGAUGCUCGUGCGAAACGGGUUAUAUUUUGCGUCCAGAUUUACGCACCUGUAAGGCCCUAGGUGGUGCAAUGACACUGCUGGUGGCCAAUCGUUGGGAUAUACGGCGUGUAACACUCAGUAAUAAUCGUUACACGGCCAUCGUCAAGGGUCUACACAAUGCAAUAGCAUUGGACUUUCACUAUCGGAAGGGUCUGAUGUUCUGGUCGGAUGUUUCAACAGAUGUCAUCAAGAUGGUUUAUAUGAAUGGCACACGAGUGCGCGAUGUCAUUAAAUGGGGUCUCGAGUCGCCGGGAGGUAUUGCUGUCGAUUGGGUACACGAUCUGCUGUUCUGGACCGAUUCGGGAACGCGACGGGUCGAAGUCUCCAAUUUCCAAGGUAACUUAAGGGCUGUGAUUGCCUCCAAUGAUUUGGAUAAGCCACGUGCCAUUGUCAUACAUCCGGGAGAGGCACUGGUUUUCUGGAGCGACUGGGGACCAAACCCCAAAAUCGAACGCGCUCACAUGGAUGGCACCCAAAGACAGAUAAUCAUAUCAAAGGGUGUCACUUGGCCAAAUGGACUGACCAUCGAUUAUCCCAAUCGAAAGCUGUAUUGGGCCGAUGCCAAACAGCAUGCCAUUGAAUGUUCCAAUCUGGAUGGCAGCGAUCGUACUAAAAUCUUGAGCUCCCAUCUUCCACAUCCCUUUGCGUUGACCAUCUUUGAAGACACCAUGUACUGGACGGACUGGAAUACGAAGACCGUAUCGGCCGCAAAUAAAAUCACCGGCAAAGGCUUUCGCUCCGUACACGAAAACUUCCACUUUCCCAUGGACAUUCACGCUUACCAUCCCGCCCGUCAACCCGACUAUGUAGACCGCUGUCCGAAAGAUAGGCGUGGACUACGCGGCGGCUGCUCCCACUUGUGUCUACCGAAUAAGACUUCACGUCGCUGUGGCUGUCCCAUUGGUCUGUCCCUCAAGGAGGAUGGCAAGACGUGCAAGAGUGUCCCUGACAAGCUGGUGCUAGUUGCUCGUCGCAAGGACAUUCGUCUGCGACAGCUAAAUACCAAGCCGCAGGGACCCAACGAUGUGGACAUGAUCGUUCCGCUAGACAAUCUAAAACAUGCCGUCGCACUGGACUGGUGCAGCGAAACGGACUUUAUUUACUGGACCGAUGUGGAGCGCAGCUCCAUAAAUAGAGCCCAUUUGAAUGGCAGCUACCAGCAACGUGUUGUGAGCACAAAUAUAGUUUCACCUGUGGGUCUGGCACUCGACUGGAUCACCGACAAGCUCUACUGGACCGAUCCUUCGACAAACCGCAUUGAAGUCGCCACCACAAAUGGAAAAAUGCGCACUCUCCUGGUUUGGGAGAAGUUGGACAAGCCGCGCGAUAUUGUCGUAAAUCCCAUAGAGGGUCUCAUGUUUUGGUCUGAUUGGGGUGAGGAGGCCAUGAUUGAACGCGCCAAUAUGGACGGUCGUAGUCGAGUGAUUGUAGCGGCUAAGCAGCUCAUCUGGCCGAACGGUCUGGCCAUCGAUUAUGAGCAACACAAGCUGUACUUUGUUGAUGGUGGCACUAAGACCCUGGAGAACAUGAAUUUCGAUGGCAGCAAUCGCAAAGUCAUUAUCAACGGACUUGGUCAUCCAUUUGGCUUGGAUGUCAGCGGUAAUCGCGUCUACUGGACCGACUGGGAUACCAAGUCAGCUAUGAGUGCCGAUAAGCUUACGGGCAAGGAUAUAAGCACAGUUAUCGCCAAUAGCAGUGAUCUGAUGGACAUACGGGUCUUCCAUCGUUCCCGUAGACGUGUCUUUAACUCGUGCGAUAAGUUUAAUGGCGGCUGUUCACAUCUCUGCCUCCUUAACCCGACCAGCUAUACCUGUGCCUGUGCCGUGGGUGUACAACUAAAGGAGGAUGGUAGGACGUGCUCCAAAGGACCGACCAAAUACAUUCUGUUUGCGCAUCGUAUCGAUAUACGCCAGAUAUCGCUGGAUUUUGAGCAUCUGAUCGAUGUGGUGCUGCCGUUGCCACCGAUCUCGAAUGCUGUUGCUCUGGACGUUGAUCGAAAGACGGGAUAUAUUUUCUGGUCGGAUACUAUUGAGAAUGUAAUCAUGAGCUCGAGUCCCGAUGGUCUGCACGUCCAUAAGGUUAUUGGCGAGAGCCUGGAGAAUCCAGAUGGCUUGGUUGUUGACUCUGUGGGACGCAUGAUCUAUUGGGCGGAUGCAGGACGACAUACCAUUGAAGUGGCCAGUCUGGAUGGUGCCAAUCGUCACGUCAUUGCCUACAAAGAUCUGGAAUCGCCACGCGGUCUUUCACUGGACUAUGAGGCAGGCCUAUUGUUCUGGACAGACUGGGGUCAUUAUCGCAAAAUCGAACGCUCCCAUCUCGAUGGUAACGAACGUUCGCGCAUUGUUACCGCCAACCUGGGCUGGCCAAAUGGACUAUCUCUCGAUUUGAAGAGUAAACGCAUAUAUUGGGUCGAUGCGCGCCUUAAGACGAUCGACUCUUGUGACUAUACAGGCAAUCAGCGCAAGCUAAUCAUGUCCGCACUUCAUCAUCCCUAUGCCCUAGCCCUUACUGAGGACUAUAUUUAUUGGACUGAUUGGAAGUCAAAGGCCCUUCACAUGGCAGAACGCCGCAAUAUUACGGCCAAGCGUGAUGUUAUGACCAACAUCGACGGUCUUAUGGACAUCAAAGUGAUAACUGCCGAACAAACCCUGACGGAGAACGUUUGUGGUCAGAACAAUGGGGGCUGCUCACAUCUGUGCCUUCGCAAUCCUGCAGGCUACACAUGUCAGUGCCCCAUCGGCCUGCGAUUGCGUGAUAACAGCACAACGGAAUGCCAAAACUUGCCAGAUGAUUAUCUGAUAAUUGCUUUGCGGUCAGGUAUCGGCAUGAUCUCUCUGAACAGCGGCGACUACAUGGAUGUGGUGUUACCCAUCAGUGGCGUGCACGGUGCGGUUGUGCUUGACUAUCACUAUCGCAAGAACUGGCUCUUCUUCGCCGAUGUCAACCUGGACGUUAUACGUCGCGUCAACUUGCUUAACCUCACAGAGAGUAAGGUUAUCGUCAGUACUGACCUGCUAACCCCGAAUGGCAUUGCCGUUGACUGGAUUGCUGAAAAUCUCUACUGGUCUGACACGGAUCGGAAGCUAAUUGAGGUCGCCAGGCUAGACGGAAGCUGUCGCAAGAAACUCAUCGAUAGCGAUCUCGGCGAUCCUAGAUCAUUGAUUGUACAUCCGAAGAAAGCUUAUCUUUUCUGGUCUGACUGGGACUCCCCAUCAAGAAUCGAGCGCAGCUACUUGGAUGGCUCAAAUCGUACGGCUAUUGUGACUUCGGGCAUAGGUUUUCCCACUGGCUUAACCAUUGAUUUCAACAACCGCCGCUUGCUUUGGGCUGAUGCGCUCGAGGAUAACAUUGGACAGGUGGACUUUAAUGGCAAACGCCGACAGACCAUUGUGCCAUAUGCGCCGCAUCCUUUCGGUUUGACAAUUUUCGACAGCAACAUCUACUGGACAGAUUGGUACAACAAGUCGGUGUAUCGUUCCCAGCGAGUGCCUCGCAUUGGUUACAGUAAUCCGUUUGAGGUGCGAGAUGCUCUCAGUGGUGCCUUGGAUAUACGAGCGGUGUCGCUGCAGCGUCAGGCCAAGAGUUGGAAUCAGUGUGCCCAAGAUAAUGGUGGCUGUACCCAUCUAUGCUUCUAUCGCGUCACAGACUAUGUUUGUGCCUGUCCCGAUAAGCUGGAAUCGAAGGAGUGCUCCAAAACGCCCAAAGAGCUGGUACUGCCGCGCGUCGAAAGCGAACAGUCGCCAGAAUAUUCAGACGAGUUCACCGAUGAUCCCAUAUCCAACGAUAAUCAGGACAAUGACGAUGAUCUAGAUGAUGAGGAGCUCAAACGGAAAGCGGACACUGAACGCGAGUUCCUGGUGCUGGUCGCACUCGGUGUGGUCAUCGUUAUGGUCGUUAUAAUAAUGCUUGUGAUCUUUAUGCUCGCCUUUAACACGAACCGCAAGAAGACUAAACGGCAUCAUUCACGUGGAUCCAGUCGCUCCGUGUUAACAUUUUCGAACCCAAACUAUAAUGUCGACGGCACACCAAUGGAGCCAAAGACGAAUAUCUGGAAACGCUUUAAAUACGAUAAAUCACAUGAACGCACUGGCGUCUAUGAGGAACGUAGCCUUACCACAGAGACCGCCUCGUCCAGCCUCUUCGUGCCGACACCCUCGCCGAUGGCAUCGCCCUCAACAAAGACCCUUCAACUGGCUACGCUCUCGACUAUCACGUAAAUCCCAUCCACUGUGGAAUCUAUCCAAUUUAAUUUCUAUUCUCUGGUACACUAUAAAAUGGUAUGGGAAACGAGAUCCUGUUUCUCAGCCUCACAUGAUCAUAUUUAUUGAAUAUUAAGUUACCUUUUUUUUUUGGGAAACUACAAUAACCGGAAUA